AUGGUUGAGGAUAUUCUUGAUAAUCUACCUGAUUUGUGCUCUGAUGAUCAUGAUGAUGACUCAGAGGAAGAAUUCAACUUACCAGUAGAUGUUUUGUUUAGUACCGUUAUUUUUUUAUUCGACCAAGAUAUUGUGUAUGCAGCUACAGCUAAUGCCUUACCCACAGAGCUACAAACACCUACAGAACCUAUCCAAAGUACAACCGCAAUCACCUACAACCCAUUUUCACCAGAUUUCAAAUGGACUGGCUAUAACAUUGCAGCAGUUACUACAGCUGCUAUUGUUGUUGGUACUGGUUUAGCCAUCCUCACGACGCUGUUUUUCCCAAUGUUCGUCUACAAAAUCUGCUACGCUUUGGGAGGCUGUCAAACCACUCUGGAUGAGGCUGUAGAUCGUUUCCUGGGAGUCCAUGGACGUACAAGAAGAAUCAAACGGGACACUAGAGAUGAAAAUAUGGAUUUUUUUAUCGAUCUUUUAAAAAUGUCUAUUAAAGAAUAUGGAACUCAAAACAAAGCUGUUGUUGAAAGAGAACCAUUAAGGGAAAACGUAAUGAGUCUUACUCCGGACAGGAAAAUCGAAAAACGUUCACCAAUCGACUACAUCGAACCAAUUUUGGUUAUGCUAUCCAGAGCCUACGACGAAUAUAUCAAUCCAGAGCUAAAAAAAAACUUCAAGAAACCGCCAUCCAUAAGAUAGCCAUUUUAGUGCAGGUUAUACCGAUUUUCCUCAAUACGCUGAGAAGAAUGUUUGGAUUGUACGAAAGUUUAGUGGGAUUUUUAGAGAUCUUAGUUAAAUUUUACGAAGUGUCUGUUCAGCUUUACCAAUAAUACAUAUCAGUGAUAUUUUAAAAUAAAUAUAGGCUUAGAAUAUUGUAGUAUUAGUGCCAAAAUAUGUUUUUAGUCUUUUGUAUGUAAAUGGCGAAAUUAUUGAUAUAUAACGCCGAGUUCAGUAAAAUGUUGCCAACCAUCAUGUAAUUUUAAAAUCACCAUUGGUAUAUAGUUAACAACAAAUUGAACUCAACAAUAUGUUCAGUCUAUUACUGAACUUUACAGUUGAAUAAAAUUAUGGAUUUUUG